UGUUUGUGUUUCCUUAUUUCUGAACAUAUGUAUGUUUUAAAUUGAAAGCUUUAGCUCACUGCAGAAAGUCUCCUAAGUCACAUCUCUUCCUUUGCAAGAGUAGGCGAAGAAGGAUCUAAGGGCUUGGCUUGUUUGAAAGAACCAGACCCCCCAAAGUCACAUCUUUAGGGAAAGUGAUACAAGAGCUUCUGCAUCUCCCCACAGAGGAAGUCCAAAGGGUGUGCACACACAAUGGUGCCUGAAGAAGAGCCUCAAGACCGAGAGAAAGGAGUCUGGUGGUUCCAGUUGAAGGCCUGGUCUGUGGCAGUCGUAUCCAUCUUGCUCCUCUGUGUCUGUUUCACCGUGAGUUCUGUGGUGAGUCACAAUUUUAGGCAUAGCAAAACUGUCAAGCAGCUGUCCAAGUUACAAGAGUAUCAACAGUAUUAUCCAAGCCUGACCUGCGUCAUGGAAGGAAAGGACAUGGAAGAUUGGAGCUGCUGCCCAACCCCUUGGACGUCAUUUCAGCCUAGUUGCUACUUUAUUUCUACUGUGAUGCAGUCUUGGACUGAGAGUCAAAGUAACUGUUCUGUGAUGGGGGCUGACCUGGUGGUGAUCAACACGGAGGAAGAGCAGGAUUUCAUCAUUCAGAAUCUGAAAACAAAUUCUGCUUAUUUUCUGGGGCUGUCAGAUCCAGAGGGUUGGCGACAUUGGCAAUGGGUUGAUCAGACACCAUACGAUAAAAAUGUCACAUUCUGGCACUCAGGUGAACCCAAUAACCUUGAUGAGCGUUGUGUGGUAAUAAGUUUCCGUUCAGAAGAAUGGGGCUGGAACGACGUUCACUGUCAUGUACCUCACAAGUCAAUUUGCGAGAUGAAGAAGAUCUACAUAUAAAUGAAAUAUUCUCCAUGGAAAUGUGUUUUGUUGGCAUCCACCAUUGUAGAAAGCUAACUUGAUUUUUUAAUUUCUGUGUAAGUUUUGUACAAGGAAUGCUCCUAAAAUUUUUCAGUAGGCUGUCUGUCACCUAUUACACUUAUGAUAUAAUCCA